AUGAGUCCACAUCGUAUCCUCACUCCUGAGGAGGAAAGCCUCGACCUCCCCCGCAUUCUCUGCCUGCAUGGCGGCGGAGUCAAUAGCACCAUCUUCCGCAUGCAGUGCCGUAUCAUCGUCAAGGAGCUCAGGUCGACAUUUCGAUUGUGUUUCGCUGAUGCACCCUAUACAUGCGGCCCUGGACCGGGUAUGAUCCCGACUUACAAAGACUACGGACCCUACCGACGAUGGCUCCGCCACAAGCCAGAGCAUCAAGAGGUGGACAGCGCCGAUGGAGCGCAGGCAAUCGUCGAUUCCCUCGCUGAGGCCAUCGAAUCUGACAACCGGCAGGGGGGCACGGGGGAAUGGGUGGGACUGUUGGGCUUCAGUCAGGGCGCAAAGGUUGCCGCCAGCGUUCUCCUCAUGCAGGAUAACGAACGGAAGAACCAGCUUCCCCCCCGGCUCCCGUGCUCUUUUCGGUUCGCCGUCGUCAUGGCAGGGUCUGCUCCUCUGAUAACGUUCGAUUCUGACGUGCUCUCGAGUCCGUAUCUGGUAACCUCGGCGCAGAGCACCGCGUUGCACCUCAACUUUGACAGCUGCCGGGAUGACUCGUCCGAGAAGGCUCACCUGGUGCGGUCCCCCACGGUCCACGUUCAUGGGCUGCGAGAUCCAGGGAUCAAUCUGCACUGGCAGCUGAUGGAAUACUACUGUCAGGGUCAAGGCGGCGCACGUCUUAUUGAGUGGGAUGGAGAUCACCGCCUGCCAAUCAGACUAAGAGACGUGCGGGCGAUCACCACAGCCAUCCUGGAAGUGGCGCGAGAGGCUGCAGUUCUGUAA